GGGCCGAAUCACUGUCCCGUGGACGAGUCAGCCGUUCGAAUCACUACGCACACUUCCAGUGCAGCAGACUGCCGGAAAGUAAGAGUGGUAGUUGUACGGAUCUUCUUCCUUCAACCCCACAACGUUCUUAACCUUUGCGCGGUACCCGAACCGAAGUCCACCCACACAGGGAUGGAGAACUCUGGCGCAUGUCAAGGUCUGACGAGGCCAAUUCGCUGCAUCGUCAAACUCGUGUAUUCAUCUAUGAGGGGUGCAGGAGGUGCAGCAAUUACUUGCAAGAAUGAGCUAGAGAAGAUUAAUGAAGAGAAUCUAGGGACUGUUUCUUCCCAGUUAAGGCAAGCAAUGUCUUCCGGGCCUGACUCCCAGAAGAUUCUUGGGAUGGAUUGGAGCAAGCGGCCUGGGGAAUCUGAACUUUGUUGUGAUGUGGGUGGUUUUUAUGAUCAAAUUUCUUGUGAUUCAAGCAACUUUGUAGUUGUCCAUGGAGCAGGCUCUUUUGGUCAUUUUCAAGCCAGCAAAUCAGGAGUCCAUAAAGGCGGAUUGGAUAAAUCUCUAGUUAAGGCUGGAUUCGUAGCCACUCGGAUUUCAGUUACUACUCUGAAUCUUGAAAUUGUUCGAGCACUAGCUGCAGCUGGUAUCCCGUCAGUUGGCAUGUCUCCGUUCUCAUGUGGAUGGCUAACAUCUGAAAGAAAUCUAGAAUCAGCUGAUCUGUCAAUGGUUGUUAAAGCGAUUGAGUCAGGAUUUGUGCCGUGUCUUCGCUUUGGUUGCCUGCUUCUUAGGUUUUGCAUGGAGAUGCUGUCCUUGAUAGUCAACUGGUCAGUUUCUUCUGUGAAAAUCUGGAUAAUAAGAUUAAAAAGACACUUGUGCAUUAACUUACUGCUGACUCGUCAUCUCCUUCAAUUGUGGUUUCAUAACAAGGGUUGUACCAUUUUGAGUGGCGAUGUGAUAAUAAAACAUCUUGCAGCCUACCUGAAACCCGAAUACGUCAUUUUCCUGGUAUCCUUUUUUAAAGAUAGCAUUUGCAUGGUUUCCUACAGCUACACAACUUUUUUAUCUUGUUUAUCCCAUGACUGCUUAUUAAAGACAGAUGUUUUCGGCGUUUAUGAUCGCCCACCUUCAGAACCUGAGGCAGUGUUGUUGAGGGAGAUUGCUGUGACUGAGGAAGGGAGCUGGUCUGUCGUGAAACCGAACUAUGGAAGCACAAACAAGCCAGUUGAAAUAACUGUAGCUGCACACGACACAACAGGAGGGAUGGUGACCAAGAUAGCAGAAGCAGCCAUGAUUGCAAAACUAGGCAUUGACGUCUACAUUGUAAAGGCUGCAACGAGCCACUCCCAAAGAGCUCUAAGUGGAGAAAUAAGGAGGGGAAGCAUACCCGAUGACUGGCUUGGAACAGUCAUAAAAUUUGCUGGCAAACCAGCACAACAUUGAUCAACUAAGCUCAACUCUGAUACCAUGUUGACGUCUAUAGAAGUAUGAAAGGGAAAGCAUUAUUGUUCAACUUCUUCAAACGGAUUGACAACAGACUAUAUUCAGCUAGAGAGAUAAAUCCUUUCUUUUAAGCCAUUGAACAAUUGUUUAUGUCAAUUGGUAAAAUCUGGCCUGAUCUAUUCCAGCGGGUUUCAGAAGCACGGUAUACGGUUUUUCACAAGCUUAUCUGUUCUUUCAUUAUUAUAUAUAAUGGCAUUUUAGGGCAGAUUCUGGAGAGC